GCUAUUAUAGUUUCUUUAGUAUAUUUUAUACAAUAGGAGCAAAGAUGAACCCGCAUUCCUACAAGAAGGGGAAGGGGGGUUACGAAGCGCAAGGCCACCUUAUUUUAGGCCUAAAGUUAUUUAUUACAACCCUAUAUCUUCGUCAGCCAAUAAAAACGCUUGUUAGAAAAGAUCAGCGCACGCACACCUGUAACUGCUGGCUACUGAGACAGAGGUGACACGUAUUCGGCUUUGUUGAACUUCUGUACAGUACAGUGACGCUUCUGGGAUCCGGAUUAACUUCGAAUUUAAUAUAGUAAUGUUUUAACUAAAUAAAUGAACUCUGUAAUUUAUGUUUUGUGAAACUAGUGUUGGUGUGACGUUUGGAAUAUGACGACACCGAUCUGCCGUUGUCGGGUUCUGUACAUGGGCUCUGCCGUGCCUCAUGUUACUAAAGACGGCUUACAAGGUAUACAAGAACCGCUGAAGGACUUGUACCCGGACCAGGGCCCUCUCACCGCCAAGGGUAUUGAUUCUUGGUUAAGUGUUUGGAGCAACGGUCUUUUGUUAGAAAACGUUGACGAAUCUUUACGAGAGGUGACAAGGUUUUUCCAUAUUGAAAAUUUACAUUAUUGUGCUGCAGUUCGUUACGUUGUAGUUCCCAACAGUGGAAGCGAGAGGACUGAGAAAUUUUUACCUUUAGACAGUCCCUUCGCUCGUCACGCUUCUCCAAGUCAUCCUCCGAUAUUUGCCUGUAUCCUCCGGCGCACUACAGGAAUUAAAGUUUUGGAAUGUCACGCCUUCAUCUGUAAGAAGGAAACUGCAGCAAAUGCUAUGGUACGCUGUUGUUUUCAUGCGUACGCCGACAGUAUGUAUGCGCGUCAAAUGGAGGAAAACCCGUAUUAUCUCGAAACGCGUAGAAGCCGGUCAAUAUCUGGUUUGGACACUGUCCAGAAAGUAGAAGCGUGGCGUCACCAAGCUUCGCCGGAAAAGGAACUUACUGAAAGGUCACCAAUAACCAAUGGUUCAAUGUCAGUUUCAGAGUUUAGUCGGGGUUUAGUGUCUGGUGCAGUUGAGGAAGGUAAUUAUAAGGUGUGGACUGGACCUGCACCUACAGAGCGAGAAAUGAUUUAUACCGAUACUUCUGGCACUAUCCAGAGAAUGAAGUCCACAGAUAUUGGAUCCACUUUGGGCAUGUCCAGAUCCUCCCGACACCGUCAGAUGGCGCUUCCAUCUCGUGUCCCUCCUCCUCCUCCCUCAAAUUUGACCGUUAAUUCUAGUAGAGAAAGCAAGAGCAAAGCUGAAAAGAUCAUGAAAAAGAAAAAUUACCAACCUCCCAUCAUAAAUGGAAUACAGCCUGGAAUAUCUUCUCUGCCUCAGCCAAGGAAUACACAUACCGUUUCCGGUCUCUACACAGGCGGACGAGAAAAGAAAGGAAAACAUAUCCCAGUAGUCUCUGCCGAGGAACCUCUUUACUACCCCUCGGCUCUUCCCCAAGAGCAGUAUUACCUCCAGCAUGGAACUGCUUCUCGUCCACCCAAAGCUCGGCAAAAAAAGAAAAAACAAGACAAAGACAAAUUUUCAUCUGAUCUGGACUCUCCUUUCAACACGGGAAUUUACAAGAAGAAAGGUCAUUUAAAUGAACGCGCCUUUUCCUUUUCAAUUAGACAAGAACAUCGCUCCAGAUCUAACAGCUUAUCCAACCUUCAUUUUUUGUCGAAUGGAGACAAUUCAGUAACUAAUGGUUCUAACGACCCUGCAGGUCCUAGUAACAAACACGAGGGCAUGGAAAAGAAAGAUAGGGAACUCGCUCAAUUGUUUAAUGGGAUGGACCUGACGGAAAACGGACAUAGCCCUAACACCAACAGCAAUUUUCUUCGUAAGAAAGGGCCUCGUUAUCACAGAUGAGAUACCGAUAACUAGGCCUCAACGCCGAAAAAUAAAGAUUAUACAAACAAGGCCUGAUAACCCAACCAAGUCAAUGGACUGAAUUUAGUAUUUACUGACACGUGACUUGUGCAACCUCGUCCUCAGCAGCUAGUUACGUAGUUGGGACGAUUGGGUUGUAUGGUUUAUGAUGUAGAAAACGUCACCAGAGAAACGGAACUCAAUUUUUUCUGAAGGUUCUUGACAUUUGAAGUUGACGUCUUUGAAUGCGUUAACGAAUAUAAAAACGAAAGAAAACAAAACAAAAAAUAAAUGAAUAAAAUGUUGACAUCGGUACUUGCAAACAUGUCUAGCUCUAAGCAAGACCUACAGGUGUGUAAGCAGGAUCAGAUUGUUCGAUAUUAGAACAGAGGGUGUGUCCAUAUUCCGAGAAAAAUUAAAAAACAAGUUGUUCUUUGGUGAACAAUACUUGUAUUGUGCGUAUGUUUAUUAAAGGCGGCAUCUAGUGGAAGGUAGGGAAGUAGGGAAAUUUAUAGAAAGGUCAUUGUGGCUAGAUGCCAAAAAAAAUUGCCAUAUUAUUGUUGCUAUGAUUUAAAAAUACAAGAACAAAUACCAGUUUAUAGUCACAGGUGAAGAAUGGUGUACGUUUUAAAUAUAAAAAAAUACGUUGUACGUUUCUAGCUCAUCAGCUGACAUGGCGUCAGUUUUUAAUUGUAAUGAAUAUGUGAAUGUUUGUAAAUACGUACCUUAAUAAUUAUAAGAACUUUUAACCUCAUGUUUACCCUGUUAAAAUGUCUAACAUAAACUAUAUCAAGUCUACAAAUCUUCGUCCAUGACCGAUAUCGACCGGGUUGUGUAUUAAAGUUAUACCAACAAGAUCACAGGUUUUAUGUUUAAAAAAAUCGUGAAAACUAAUUAACGAUAAAUAGGCUUAUAUAAAAGCGAGACCGUUAUUCGUCUAUAAACUGGGGACUAUAAUGAUGAUUUCUCAAUUCAAUUAUCUUCGUUCUUUGAUUUUUAAGCAAUUUUGUUUAGUAAAACAUUCAUUGAUUCAGAUGACUUUGUGUUGUUGUUGUCU